CCAACUCUCAAAGUUGUCACAAGAGAGCAAGGUAUACAAAUACAGAGAGCCAUAAAGAAAGAAAUAUAUUCAAAUACUAAUGCCCAGGAACAGAGACCCAGAGGCACGAGGAGGGAGACAAGUACGGACGCAGAAAGACUUACGGACACAUCCUUCAACACAGACCUGGAGAAAACUAGGGAAACUACAAGAAAGAGAAAUACAGGGCACGAAGUCAGCCGCGGGCAUACAGUGAAACAAAAACACUGACAUGCGCAUGCACUAAAAAAACGGGAUGCAUAAACACACCUCGAAACGUUUAUCGAUAUGAACAAUCAACCAAUAAGCAUUUAUUAAGUACCUACAAUGUGCUAGUGCACCACGUCAAAAGGCCAAAAGGAAUCAGCUCCCCCUCCCCCCGCUUGCCCUCAAGGAGCGUUCGAUCUGGGCCGCGAACGAGUACGAGUACGAGUACGCAGACAAGAAUUUCCAGAGUAAAAGCAAAAUAUCCAAAGUAAGUGGGAGAGCAAAAGGCUCACUAGCUUGGGCCAAAGAGCAGGAGACACAGAGACAGCUAUGGGGAAAGUCACUAAGUGACAUCCCCAAACUCUGCUUGCCAGGGAAGCACAGUCCGAAGGAGGCAUAGUCUUAGCAUGGGAAGGAAGACAGAUAAAAGCAGAAGGCUAACAUCCGGAUAUGGAAAGACACAUAGAUACUAAGUAACAAAACUCCGAGCCAAAGCAACAAUACGAAUGUAUAUAUCCCAAAGUCCAAAGGCAGAGGCUUUCACACGUCCAGUCAUGGAGAGAGACCGACCCAAAAGCCGGGAGUGGCAGACAAAAAGAAGUAUAAAGGAACUGCCUCGGCGUUGGGAAAACGUACAGGAAUCAGCCCUGAUGGAGGCUGAAGAGCCUCCUCAUAGAGCAUCCACUCCAACUACUACUCUGGAGAAUCUCCAUGUCUUUCCAACAUCCCUUAUGAAGAAUAGCUGUAUCCCUGGUUUGGAUCCUGAAGCAGCAGAGACAGACAAUCCUGCCUGGGAGUGGACUGAGGAUGAUGAUGAUGUCUUUGGGGCUCAACGGAGAGAUCUGAGUAGUCAGAAAACAACUGAGGAGACACCACCCACUCUUUCCCAGGAAGAUUCUCCAGCUUUGGAGCCUGACAGUGGAGAUGUUGUGACUGCAGAAUCAAGUGUUUGGAGACCUUCAGGGCUAGCAUCCCAGGGCCUAAAAGAAGUACACACACCUUUCCUUCCCACAGAGAGCUCUGUCUUGCCCACCCUGGUUGAGAGCCUGGGCAUUGGCUACAUCCCUGAUGAAAUAAGUAGCAAUAUUGGGUUGAAAUAUUGGUCAGAAUUCCUGAACUCUCUGAUGGAAACAGAGAGGUCAGAAGCUAGUAACAUACUGGAGAAAGGAAUCUUCCUUCCCUCCUCUACUCAGGCUAGGUCUUAUUCUCCCCCUGAAGAACCCAGUAGCCUGCUCUGUCAUGAUGCAAGUAGAACUGUCCAGCAAGAAGGGAAGGCCCAGGAUCAAGAAAGGAAGGAAAAUGGAGGGCAUCAGAGACAAGAGAAGGCCACAGAUACAGGGAAAUGGUGGAAGCAGAAACAGUGGGAAAGAGAACAAAGGGAACUUGAAUGGAAUGAUGCACUCUCAGGAAAGCAAGCACUGGAUGUGGUAACAUGUCUUCAUGGACCAGUGGGAGAACAAGGACAAGAAGAUAAAGGACAGUUUGAUUUGGUUGUGGGAAAACAAAAAGGAGAGACAUUUAAUAGGGAGGUGAAAGAUCAGAAUCACAGGGAAGGGUACCAAGGAGAAAAGGAUGCAGAAAAGCAGGGUCAUGGGAAAGUAGAAGAGCAGAAAAAUCAAGAAAAUGAGUUUUUAGAGGAACAGGGAAAGGUAGAUCAUUAUGAUACGGAUCAGGUAUUAGAUGAGAAACAGAAGAUAGUGAAUGUAGGCAAGGAAAACCAGGGAACUAUAGAGAAACAGUCACAGCUAGAGGAGGAAGCUAAGAAAGAACAGGGGAAUGUUGCUGAAAAAACAGAGGCAGAAGAAAUAAUGACUAGUGAGAAUGACAAGGUUCAAAAGCAUUAUGGUCCCUUCCCAUUGAUAUCAGUUGUGCCAGAUGCCAAUGUUUCAUGGAACUCUUUCCCAGAAGACCCUGUUUCCACUGUCACAAGAUCUAUCACUCAGGAAGGGAUAAAAACUGAGUCAUCUAGAGUUGAACUCUCCAUGUACUCUUCCUGCCCAGACUCUGCUUCAAGACCUAGACAGGGGGCAUCAAGAUCUUACCAGCCCAUACCUCCUCACAAUCUGUCUGGGAAAUAUUCUGAGAAAGAAGCAGAUCAAAAUGGCUGGGAAGAAGAGUGUGGCCUAGGAGAUGGAGCAAUGCCUAACUCAGGGAAGAAACCUACACCUCCAAGGCCAAUUGCUAUAGUUUCUAGGAAAGAUACCUCAACUUCUUUCAGUUCUACCAAGAAGGAUCCCAACACAACCACUUCUUCAUCUUCCUGCCCCCCAACCUUUCCUAUAGGAGAUUCUUUGCUCCCAUCUUAUUUGUCAGAAUUCCCUAGAUCCUUUUCCUUUGAAAAAGAAUUCCCUUUUGACCACUGGGACCCUGAUUCUCCCUUGAACAUUCUCCCUUUACCCUCUUCUGGAGAGACUCCCUUGGCACCACAUGGCAACUCUGACUGGGCCAAUGCCCUAAAUGUCCAAGACUUUUCUGAGGAAACUAUCCAGUACUAUGGGAGUAACUCUGCUCCAAGUUCUUAUAGGGAAGGGCAAUCUUACUAUCUGGCCCAGAAUCCAGCCUCCUUUCAACACUCAGAGUUGGCUCAGAGGGUCCCUGAACCUUCUAUUCACAGUGUUGAUAUACCAGGAAGAGAGGGGCAGGCUAGACUAGAGCCAUCUUCUGACCCUUCCUCCUUAAACCAACCUCAGGAAUUAAACUCAAAUUUACAGAGGCCUGAUGCCACCCAUAGCAAAAGUCCACCAAAAAAGGAGGCCCUCAUCUCAGGAGGACUUACUAUCCAUGAUUUCCCUCCCUCCUCAUCCAUGGUAGAAAUGGGACUACAUGAACGACUCCCCCCUCUGCCACUACGGGAGCGUCACAGUCAUCCUCCUCUGGUGGUACGACCUAGUAUUCAUCUUGCCAAGCCUCCUACCCCAAAACGGUAUAGCCACCCUCCCAUCUUGGCCCGAGUUUCACCAAUGCCUGGCUCCCCUGAAGGACCUUCUAUCCCUGUUAAGGCAAGACAUAACCGACCUCUGCCUUCUACUCCAGUCACAGAUACUUCCCACCAUAUUCAAACUCCUAGGCUGAGGUACAAUAAGCCCCUCCCCCCCACCCCAAUCAUGGUUCAGCCCUACUAUCCUCCCACAUCUACCACCUUAAGUAAAAAAAACAAACCACUUCCCCCUGUUCCCAUUUUGGAACCUGACCCCAAGCCACCUCCACUGCCCCCAAAGGCUAAAUGGAGAAACAACAGUAUUCAAGGGACACCUGGGAGUACCGGAGAUCAAUUGAGGUCCAAACCUGGAGGAAACCCAGAAGUCCCUUCUCCUCUCUCUGCUGGACAUGCCUCUUGGCCUCCAGCUGUGGACAGACCAACAGAUUCCUUGACCUCUCCUGGCAGGAAUAAAAGAGAGACAUCUUCUCUGGCUUUCAGCAACAUGACAAACUUCCUUCUGCUGAGUCCUUCUUCCUCUGCCUCUUCCAUGACCCAGGAGCCACAGCAUCCCAUCCUAGGAGGAGUCCAGGAUGAACAUGGACAAUCAGAAGGGACUAAAUCUCUCCCCAAGAAGACUUUGAGCAAAGGAAUUCUACAGAGAGAAGGCAGUGGAUCCCGGAGGUCAGAUCGAGGUCUGACAUGGCAGUCAGAGAAACCCAGUCAUCCACCUUUGGAAAAAGCAUCCAGCUGGCCACACAGGAAAGAUCCAGGGAAAUUCUUGGAAGGGAGUCGUGGGCACUCAGAGAGUCCUGCUGAGGGACAAAACAAGACCAAAGGAUGGAACCGACAAGGCCUACGCAGACCAUCUAUCUUUCCUGGGGAGGUCCAAGAUGGCGAAGCCUCUCCAAUGGACAGACCUCUCUGUCCUUCAGACACAACUGUUCUUCAAGAGAAGAAGUCAAGGGAAGGGAUGGGUAGUGUUGCCAGGCGCUGCUCCAAGUUCAUCAAUUCCUCUCACCUACUUUACCAGGAAUAUAGUGAUGUGGCUCUAAACAAGGAGAUCCAAAGCCAGCAGAGGCUGGAUAGCCUAAGCGAGGUGUCUAGCCCUGCUUCCCCCCAACAGCCUCGAAAGUCUCCAGUCAUCCCAGACUCUUAUCUGCAGCGCCUCUCUAUUGCCUCGAGUGCCUCUUUAUGGCAGGAUAUCCCUCGAGUACGCAAUAGCACCAUGCUACUCUCUAUGACUCAUGAGAACCAAAAACUGCAAGAGGCCAAAUUUGAACUUAUCAUGUCAGAAGCUUCCUACCUGCGAAGUCUUCAUGUGGCUGUAGACCAUUUCCAGCUUUCACCACAGCUCCGGGCUACGUUGUCUAACCAGGAACACCAGUGGCUCUUCUCUCGUCUACAAGAUGUGCGGGAUGUCAGCACCACGUUUCUCUCGGACCUAGAAGAGAACUUCGAGCACAACAUCUUUACCUUCCAUGUUUGUGAUGUGGUCCUGACCCAUGCACCUGCCUUCCGGCGUGUCUACCUACCUUACGUCACCAACCAGACUUACCAGGAGCGCACUUUCCAAACUCUGCUGAGCAGCAACAACAAUUUCCGGGAGGUCCUGGAAAAGCUUGAGAGUGACCCUAUCUGCCAGCGUCUUUCCCUAAAGUCCUUUCUGAUACUGCCCUUCCAGCGUAUUACCCGUCUCAAACUGUUGCUCCAGAAUAUUCUUAAGAGAACACAGCCUGGCUCCCCAGAAGAAGCAGAGGCCACAGAAGCACAUCAUGUUUUAGAAGAGCUUAUCCGAGACUGCAAUAACAAUGUCCAACGAAUGCGACGGACAGAAGAACUGAUCUACCUAAGUCAGAAGAUUGAGUUUGAAUGCAGAUUUUUCCCGCUGAUCUCACAGUCACGGUGGUUGGUGAAGAGUGGGGAGCUAACAGCCCUUGAGUCCAAUGUGUUACCUGGACUUAGAAGGAAACUGGCCACUCGACCUGUCCACUUGCAUCUCUUCAAUGACUUCCUGCUGCUGUCCCGACCUCGAGAGGGCAACCGCUUCCUGGUAUUUGACCAUUCCCCUUUUUCAUCUAUACGGGGUGAGAAGUGUGAAAUGAAGCUACACGGGCCACACAAGAACUUCUUCCGCCUCUUUCUCCGGAACAAUGCACAUGGCACCGGGGCCGAGUACCUCUUUCGUACAGAGACUCAGAGUGAAAAGCUUCGUUGGAUCUCAGCUUUAACUAUGCCAAGAGAGGAGUUAGACCUCUUGGAAUGUCAGGACUACCCACAAGUUCAGUGUCUCCGUUCCUAUAAACCUAGAGAGAAUGAUGAGUUGGCACUGGAGAAAGCAGAUGUGGUGAUGGUGACUCAGCAAAGCAGUGAUGGUUGGCUGGAAGGUGUAAGGUUGUCAGAUGGGGAGAGGGGCUGGUUCCCUUUGUCGCAUGUGGAGUUUAUCACCAACUCUGAUGUUCGAAAGCGGAACCUAUCAGAAGCACUUAGAGUCAAGACUGCCAAAUUACAGCUGGUUGGACGCCAAAGAUAACUACUACUCAGGGGCAUUCCUUUGGGCACAUGGACAUGAUACUUCUGCAGAAGGGAGCUGUCACCUGAAGCUCUCUGUAAUUGUAACAGAACCUCUCUGACAGUCUGAAAAAAAACCCAUCAAGACUGGACAUAAGCUUCAGACCUUCCACUCAUUGCCCAUUGGUGUGUGUGUGGCACACGUCCGUGCGUGCGCACACACACACACACAUACACGUGCGCAGUAUGCAGAAGAUAAGGAUAUUGGGCAAAGGAAUUUUGGGUGGGGCCUGGACUCUGGGAGCCAUUUCUCUAAAUGAAAUCUAACCUAUUUGAGCUACACUGGAAGCCUGAGUCAAGCAGCAAAUCUCUGAAACUUACUAUUUUGCUUACUCCCAGGUUCAUAAUUUGGAACUGGAAUUUCAGAUACCUUGUUCCAAACUCCAUCACUUCUUCAACAACUUUUUCUUUGAGAACCAGCAUUAUUGAGGAGAUUAAGGUGCCUCUAGGGAAGGUGUACGUGGCUAUGAAAAUGUGAGGGGGGAUUCUCUCACUCUAAUAAACUUGGCACUUCUUUGAAAUUUUUCUUUCCAGACUCCUUAGCAUUUAGCAUUCUUCAUAACAUAGUUGAGCUUUAGGAAGGAAUCCAGGCUCAGCUGAGUUGGGUGCCAUGAAGGGCUGUAAGUAAGCAGUGGGUGUAGAUUGUUGUGGCAGCUGUUGGUUCUUGCCUUGCUGCCACUCCUCCAGGGAUUUGGGGAGAUUCUCUUUUAGCUACGGCCUCAGGAAUGUAGCUGUUUCUUGAUUCCAUGCCUCUUCCUGUAAUUAGUUAUGCCAGCAACAUACUCAUAGAGGCCCAUUUUCUUGAGUGCCCCAGUAACUAUAUUAUGGACAGUGAGGGUUAUAUGUGAUAAUAUAACAGAAUUUCUGAGUGGGAUGGAAAUUCAGUGGUCCUAUGGUUUGCUCUUCCAUGAAAGAUUAAUUACCUUUAUAGGAUGAAUAGAUCAAAAGUAUUUAUUAAAUGCUUACAUGCCAAGCACUGUGCUGAGAGCUAAGGAUUCAACAUGAGAGCUCUUAUACAGCUCGCAUUCUAAUGGGGGGGGGGGAAUUAACAUUUAUAAGGGAAGAGUGGCCAAGAAAGGAAAUAAUGGUAAAUGGAACAAUAGGGCAAUCCAGUGACUCAUCCCUCCUAGAAGCAAUGAUAGUAUUGAUUUGAUUAUAGUUCUGGAGCUAGAAGUGGUGGAGAGUGGGUAAUGGAGAUGGUACCAUAGAGCUGCUGAGAGGAAGAUGGCCCUGGUGAAGAUGGAGACAUGAUCCCAAGGUGUUGAACUGAGUUACUUAGGUCCUCUCAGAUUUCUAGAGUUCUGGUUUGAAGGAUAGUGCAGUUAUCAUAGCAGGAAAUAAAAUGUCCUGACAAGUACCAUCCUGGCUCCUCUUGAAGACUGAAUGACAUUAAAUUUUGUUGUUUUGAUUAUCAGUUAGUCAUUUUUCAGUGUGUCCCUCUCUUUGUGACCCCCUUUAGGGUUUUCUUAGCAAAGAUACUGGAGUGGUUUGCCAUUUCCUUCUCCAGCUUAUUUUACAGAUGAGGAAACUUGGGCAAACAGGCUGCAAACAGUUAAGUGACUUGUCCAGGGUCACAGUUAAUAAGUUUUAGAGGCCAGACUUGAAUUCAGGAAGAUAAGUCAUCUUGAGUCCAUGACUGGCUCUAUUCACUGUACCACCCUGCUUAAUAUUAUUUAUUUAACACUUACCCGUCUGUCUUAGAAUCAGUACUGUGUUUUAGUUCCAAGGCAGAAGGGCUAGGCAAUGAGAGUUAAGUGAUUUGCCCAAUGUCACACAGACGGGAAGUGUCUAGAUGCCAGAUUUGAAUCCAGGACCUCUCAUCUCUAGGUUUGAUUCUCAACCCAUUGAGUCAGCUAACUGUCCCCUAAAUACUAUUUAUCAGAGUAGGUCAUUUUAUAGGAUAUGGAUUUAUGUUUGGUGUUUUAGCAAACAUGUUCCAUAUUCAUCUACUCUAUAAUACUCAUUGCUUUAUAUACAUUUUAAAUACAUUUCUCUAAUAUUUCCAACAGACACAUCAGUAUAAAGAGAGCACUGGAUCAAAAGGAAAUCUGGGUUCUAGUCCUAACUCUAAUUCUAUGUGUCCACAGACUUUUUUUAAAUCAUCUUUGUGCCUCAGUUUGCUCAAAUGUAAAUGAAAAGUGUCCAGUAGGAAGAAUGAGGCACUGGAGGGAAUGGAGACAGAAAAGGUAGUAGGGAGCAAACAUCAUGUGCCAUGUGGGGAGGUUCACUGGAGAUGCUUGUACUAGAAACUGGAGGACUAAAUGAGGAGUAAGAGGUUGAUUGUACUGGCUUUUCUAGAGGGCAAAGAAGUGGGAAGAGUGGGAGCUAAAGCUUACUCUGAUAUUUAGAAGUCAAUGGGGACAGAGCUGAUGUAUUAUUAUUAUUUCAACCCUUGCCUUUUUUCUUAAAAUCAAUACCAUGUAUUAGUGCCAAGGCAGAAGAGUGGUAGUGGUAGGCAACUGGGUUUAAGUGACUUGCCCAGGGUCACACAAGCUGGGGCCAAAUCUGAACCCCAGGGCUCUAUCCACUGAGCCACUUAGCUGCCCCCUUGAUGUAUUCUUCAUCAUAGUUCAAAAGAAUUGGAAAGAAACUCAGAAGUCAUCUGUAGUCCAAAUUCCUAAUUUUCUGAUAACAAAAUAGAGGCCAAAGAAAAUUAAAUUUCUUGCCCACACAGGUCACAGAAGCAAUAAGCAAAAUAGUCAAGAGCUUUGCCCAGCUCCUCUGACUCCAGAGCCUGUGCUCUAUUUCCACUGUACCAGGUUGCCUCCUUAUCAGACCAGCCAUUCCUAGUAAUAAUUAAGUGUGGAGAGAGUUUGUGAUUGCAAGCACAGCUGUCAUUUUCCUCUAGGAGGAGAUGCAGUGGCAAUCUCCUAGUACUGUAGCCUAGGACUUUCUCCUUUUACCUCUUUAUUGUGUUAUUUGGAUGUGGCCAUGUUCUUGGUUGACUGGGAGCCAUGUUUUAUGUUGUCCAAGAAUGUGUCCCAGGAUGGGAGGAAUAAAAAUAAAUGAAGCUCAUUUCCAA